GACUGCUGCUGCAGCUGCUGCUGCUGCUGUUGUUGUUGUUGUUUAUUCUGGAAGUGGAGGGGAGAGGAAGGCGGCAGUUUUGAAAACAGUUUGAACAUUGACUAAGAAAUGCCUGCCUAACCUAUCUAUAUCUAUAUACAGAGAGAGGCCUGCAAACAAAAAAAACACACCAAUAAGUUUUGCCAAACAAAACAACAACAUAAACAAUUUGUGUGUUUAUUUUAGCCUUUCUCGUUUGUCAUCUUCCAUUUGUUUCUCUUUCCAUUGUUCCCCAUUUGUUACAUUCCUCCAUCUUCAUCGCUUCUCUUUCCGUCUCUCUUGUUGUCUGUCUGUCUGUUUCUCUCUUUUUAUUUUUUGUUUUUUCUUCUGUAUUCAUUCAUUCUUUCAUUCCUUAAUAGCAACCCACAGCCCAAUCAAUGGGUUUUCUUCAACCACCAUCAUUCAUUUUUUAUCGUGUCCUCCUCCCAAGAUUCCAUAUCUUUCGUCUAAGAUCACUCUGUUCUUUCUUUGCCUUGAAAUUCUUCUCUUCCCUGUUUACUCAAGGAAAGAUACCAUUCUAGAUUAUGCUUGUUUUCUUGACAAACAAUCUCACAGAACAAGUUGCGGUGCUGAGAAAGAUAUUAGUCAUACUGUAAAUGGCAAUGUCAUUAGAGGAGCUUCUUGCUGAGGAAGGGUUCACAGGGAGGAGGUCGAAAAUGUCGGCGAGAACUUCCUUCAGAUCAGAAGCAGCAAGUAUGCCACAUUACUCAAAUCGAUACCAAGAUAAAUCAAGCUCUUCAUCACGUGUCAAAAAGACUGAGAGGGCAAAGUCUGAUUUACCUCGGUAUGGUUUGAGAGAUGAAUUACCAACAAGUGAUAGACUAAAGGGACGAAGACCAAGGGAUAAUCUUAUAACAAGAGAGAAAUCAGAUAAAGGAUUGAAAAAAGAAACUAGAGAGAAAUUUGAAAGAGUUUCAAAUGAUUUUAACAGAAUUAGUUUUGAUUCAUCAAAAGACUUUCAAGGUAGUGAGAUUGUUGAGAUUGGCGUGGAAGAUGGUAAGGGUUAUAAAGAUACAUAUUCAAACGAAAUGUAUAGCCCUGGGAGAAGUAAAAGUAAAUAUUCUGGUGGCGUUGGGGAAAGGGAGAGGCCCAAAAGCAGGUCAGGGAAGGAUAUAGAGGUAGAUAAGGGGUGCGGGAACAAAUCUAAAAACCAUGUGCUUGGGCGUAUGAGUUAUAGUGAUAAUUAUAGGAAAAGCUUGAAAAAACCUGAGAACUCAUACAGUCGAUCUAAUAGUUCACAAAACAGCAAAAGCAUUGAUGACAGCAGGCGUCGAAGGCAAGCUGAGAUUGGGCAGAAUGUUGUUGAACCUGCUCUUGAUGAAGCUGCGGUCCGAGCCUUGAUAUCUAUCUUGAGUGGGUAUAUCAAACACUUUCUCAAAGAUAAGGAUUUCCGUACAGCACUCCAUCACAAUUGUUUUGCUUCACUUAACAUUGUUGAAUUAGAAGAAGGCCUUAUGACUGAGAGCAAAGUCCUAUCCAAUCUUGAACAAGCCAUAGAAACAGUAGAAAGAGCUGCUGAGGAGCGUGCAAGUGCAAAAGAGUUGAAAAAAGCUUCACUGCAGCUUGGUGUGAUAACAGGUUUCAACUCAGAUGAUUUGAAAGAUGGUUUCACAUCUGGGAUUCCCAAUUCUAAGUUGUCAGCUUGUGCUCAUCUCUACCUCAGUGUGAUAUAUAAAUUACAGAAGAAAGACAGGAUAGCAGCAAAGCAUCUUCUGCAAGUUUUUUGUGAUUCACCGUUUCAGGCUAGAAUGAUGUUGUUGCCUGAGUUGUGGGACUAUUUGUUUCUUCCGCAUCUUUCCCAUUUGAAGGCGUGGUACAUUCAGGAAGCUGAUUCUCUAGCAGAUACACCAAGCAAGUCAAGGAAACUGAAGCUUCUUGAAAAAGUGUAUAAUGAAAUUAUGGAUUCUGGAACGUACCAGUAUGCAUUUUAUUACAAGGAUUGGCUCACAGAGGGUGUUGAAGCUCCUUCCAUUCCCUCCAUCCACAUCCCUUCCAUAUCUGUUCGAGGAAUUCAGAAGGAAUAUCUACAGAGCCACUCUGUUCAGGAAGUUCACCAGGAGCGUUGGUUUGGCCACUCUCUGGAUGUAGGAAGUCCUACUGGUCCCUUUUCACCUCAGCCUAUGGUCAGUAAAAGAUUAUAUGAAGCUGUUUUUGGCCAUUCAAACAAACCAGGAGCUAAUGAAGUUGUGGAACAUUAUAAAGGGUCAGAAAACUUUGACACUACUAGUAUAAGCUCUGAUGGUUCUGCUAUUGAAGACAAACAAGCAUUGACAUGCUCUUCUGGAAAGGUUAAGCAUAUGGAUCAAGAUAUUGAACGAGAUAAUGCAUUCCAUCCUGAAGAUGGAGUAAUAGCUGAGGCGUGGAGAUUGCAUAGUGAUAGUGCUCUAGGUGAAGGUGAUGCAAAUGACAACUUUGGUAACUCUUCACCAUAUCCAGAAAAUCCAGAAAUCACCCAAAUAUUACAUGGACAUCCACACACAAAAGAAAAUGAGCUCACACUCAAAAGACUAGCCAAGGCUGUUUUUGAUCUGCAACACACUGAGGGACCUCUUGACCUCACGGAUUCCACUUUUUUGUCACAGACGGAGAAUGUUGAUUCUUUUGCAAAUUCAAUCAAAACAAUGUCCUCCGAUGAAGAGUUAAAUGGUAAUUUUGAAAACAUUGAUGAAGAAUCCUCUUGCUCAAGCAUACCCCGGGAUUUUAUAUGCCCUCUCACUGGACUUUUAUUUGAAGACCCUGUGACCUUGGAGACUGGCCAGACCUUCGAGCGAGCAGCUAUCACAGAAUGGUUUAACCAGGGAUAUAGAACAUGCCCAGUGACAGAGAAAACACUGGAAAUUCAAUCUGUGCCACAUACCAACUUCAUUUUGAAGCGAGUUAUUGAUAGUUGGAAAUCAGUACGUUGCAGGCAUCUGUUGGCCUUUGCCUCUCAACAAGAAGGAGAACACAGACCUAAACUUGAGGCUGAAAGAGCUGCCUUCAUAUUACAGCACCUUCUAACUUCUUUUAGUAAAGAGGAAAGAAUAACAAAUGCCAAGCUGCUUAUGUCUCUAGGAGGCCUGCAGUUUCUAGUUCGAAGGUUUGAUUCUGGAAACUUGACGGAGAAGACAACCGUGGCUGCAUUAUUUUCCUCUUGUAUAGAAGCAGACAAUGGCUGCAGAAAUUACAUAGCUAGGAACAUUAAGAAACCAUGUCUUCUUGAGCUAAUCCACAGCAACCAGGUUAAAUCAAGAGAAAAUGCAGUGUUGCUGCUGACAGAACUAAUAUGCCUGGACAGGAGGAAAGACGUUAAUUUUUUUUUAAGUGGCUUUCAGAAUGAGGGAAUGCUGGAUACAAUGCAUGUUUUACUCGUUUAUCUCCAGAGCUCUCUGCCUGAGCAAAGACCCUUGGUUGCUGUUCUCCUUUUACACUUAGAUCUUCUGGUUGAACCUCGGAAAUACAGCAUAUAUAGGGAGGAGGCGGUUGAUGCCAUUACUGUGGCUUUGGAUGGCAGCUUAUACAAUGAGAAGAUCAGAGCAAAGUGUUGUAGAGCGCUCCUAAUCUUGGGAGGUCGUUUCUCUUCCUCUGGGAAGAUAAUGAUAGAGGAUUGGAUCUUAAAGCAAACUGGAUUUCUUGUUGGUUCUGAUCCGAAUUCUCUUGAAAAUGAAGAAGAUGGUGUAUUAGUUGAUGAAAUUAUUCCAUCAGAUGAUGAAGAGGAGGAAAGGGAAGACUGGUUGAGGAUUUUGUCAGCAUCACUUAUUGGUGACGGGAAGAAAUCAUUUUUGGAGAGUAUUUCCAAGUGUUUAGGUUCUGGAAGCUUGGAUUUGGUGAGGGUGUGUCUAACCACAGUGGCAUGGUUAAGCUCUGCACUUGCUUCAUUAUCUGAUGCAGAGUUCCAGCUUCCUGCCUUCUCAGCUCUCAUCUCUCAGCUGAAAGAAAGACUGGAAAAUGGUGACCUGGUUGAGCACAAGAUUCUUGCUUCUAUGUGUCUGCUUAAUUUCAGCAAAAUUCCAGAAUGCAGGGUCCUGUUGAUGACAAUUGCAGAGGAACUUGCGGUUCCUCUGAGAAGCCUUGCAGAAGUAACCUGGACAGCAAAAGAGCUUUAUGCUACCAUUUCCGGAGGAGAUUCAUAAUUUGAAAUUGAAAGCAUAUUGGAAACUGUUGACCUCCUUGAGGAUUCUUAACAAUACCUCUGCCGUCCAUUUCAGUGAAAUUUGGUGUCGUUUAUUUUUUCCUUCUGGAACUGUAUUGUCAAAUAUCCAGAAGACUUGCUAAAUUUGUGGUGUAAAGGUGAUCAAUAAUGUCGGCAUUACAAAGCUUGGAUCGGGAAUAUCGUUCGAAUGUAAGGAGAUCUGAAAAGUAUCCUAGGGAGUUCAUCUCUUUCCAUUUUCUGUGCAAUCAUCUGGCUUGGAGUUUUUGGGACAUUGAUGGCUUAGAUAAAAAGGCUUAUGGUUGUUAGUGACUCAAGAGAUAGUUGUGUAUACCUUUCCAAUUUUUACUAUUGAAAUUUGUUUCAUGUAGUGUCACUUUAUUUUGUGUUCUUGAGUUGUGGUGUAGUGAUGUGUACGACACAGUUUGUCACUUGGGCUAUGGUUAGUGAUUUUUUUUGGAAGCACGAUCCAUUUACUUUUUGAUGGUAUCAAUGGAAAUUUAACUGCAUUGCUUUUU